AUGAGGAAGAAACGCUCCACGUCGACGCGUGCAAUGUUCAGCGGCUUGGAGGAGACCCCCGACAUGGAGCAAUGGUGCACGGACUGGAUGUCCAAUUUGCCGGAGGAACUGCAGGACGUCCCGCUGACCCACUUGGCAAUACCUGGAAGUCAUGACACAAUGAGCUACUGCUUGGACAUCUCAUCCCCCUUGGUGAGGUCUGAGUCGGACCUGUUCAGGGUUCUGGAUGGACUUUGCUGUUGCUUUACCAGGCCUAAAGUCUUUAAAUGGGCCACGACGCAGGACCGCUGCAUCGAAGACCAACUGUCGAUGGGCAUCCGAUACUUCGAUCUUCGCGUGGCGCACAAACCGUGCGACCCGUCGUCAGACUUGUACUUCACGCACAUUUUGUACACGCACGCCACCGUGCUGGACACCAUGUGGUCGGUGGCCUCGUGGCUGGAGUCUCACCCGAAGGAAGUCGUCAUCUUGGCUUGUCGGCACUUUGAAGGCCUUACUGACAGGCUUCAUCACUUCUUCAUUUCUGCCAUCAAAAAGAUUUUCGGCUCCAAACUCUGCUUACGACAGGAAGCUAGCUGGUCCCUGCGCCGUCUUUGGGCAUUGGGUCGUCAGGUUCUAUUAUCGUACGACGCAGAUGUGGCUUCCAGACAUGCCGAGUUGCUACCCAGCAUCCCCUACUGGUGGGCUAAUCAGCGCACCGCACGCGCCGCCAUUAGCUUCCUGGAGUGGAACCAGCAGCUCGGACGGCCGAAGGGCUUCUUUGUGGCGGGCCUGAAUCUGACUGCGUACAGGUCGUACAUCAUCACCAACCCAAAGGAGUCCCUUCGCACAAUAACCUGGGCGCAGUGGCCCACUCUGAGGGAGUGGGUGAAAGAACAGACCCCCGGUCCGGAGCCCGGUAGCCUCAACAUCAUCGCCGGGGACUUUGUGGGCCCGCUGCCCCUCUGCCCGCUUGUCGUCAACCUCAACAAAAAGCUGCUCGCCGAAAAACAGUGGGAAACAGAUGACGGCGAGUGGGAGUGGCUACUCGUCCGCCUGUCUAUCAAGUGA